AUGAAGGGGAGCUGGGGACUGAGGCUGCUCAUCCUGGGAGCCGUGGUCUUCAUAGAGGGUCUUCAAGCAGCUCCGCGUGCAUGCGGGCAGCGUGGCCCUGGCCCCCUCACACCUCAGGAGGGCAACACAGUGCCUGGCGAGUGGCCAUGGCAGGCCAGUGUGAGGAGGCAGGGGGCCCACAUCUGCAGCGGGUCCCUGGUGGCGGAAAGCUGGGUCCUCACUGCGGCCCACUGCUUCGAAAAGGUGAAAGUCACAGAACUGCACUCCUGGUCAGUUGUCCUGGGUUCUCUGAAGCAUGAGGGGCUGAGCCCAGGGGCUGAGGAGGUGGGGGUGACGGCUCUGCAGCUGCCCAGGGCCUAUAAGCACUACAGCCAGGGCUCGGACCUGGCCCUGCUACGGCUCGCCCACCCCGUGGCCCACACACCCCUCUGCUUGCCUCAACCUGCCCAUCGCUUCCCCUUUGGGACCGACUGCUGGGCCGCUGGCUGGGAUCAGGACAAUGACGUUCCCAGGGCCCUACGGAAUAUACGCCUGCGUCUGAUCAGCCGCCCCACGUGUAACUGUCUCUACAACCGCUUGCACCAGCGGCAGCUGGCCAGCCCGGCCCGGCCUGGGAUGCUGUGUGGAGGUCCCCAGCCCGGAGUGCAGGGGCCCUGUCAGGGCGAUUCCGGGAGCCCCGUGCUGUGCCGCGAACCUGACGGACACUGGGUUCAAGCUGGGAUCAUCAGUUUUGCAACAGACUGUGCCCAGGAAGACACUCCUGUGCUGCUGAUCAACACGGCUGCUCACAGCUCCUGGCUCCAGGCUCAAGCUCAGGGGGCAGCCUUCCUAGCCCAGGACCCUGAGACCCCAGAGAUCAGUGAUGAGGACAGCUGUGUAGCCUGUGGAUCCUUGAGGAAAGAAGGCCCCCAGGCAGAAGCUCCCUCCCCACGGCCCUGGGACGCCAGGCUGAAGCACCAAGGGAAGCUGGCCUGUGGCGGAGCCCUGGUGUCAGAGGAGGUGGUGCUGACUGCUGCCCACUGCUUCAUUGGGCGCCAGACCCCAGAGGAAUGGACUGUAAGCCUGGGGGCCGGACCAGAGGAGCGGGGCCUGAAGAAAGUCAUCUUGCAUGGGAUGUAUAGCCACCCAGAGGGGGGCUAUGACCUGGCCCUCCUGCUGCUGGCCCAGCCCGUAACACUGGGCUCCAGCCUGCGGCCCCUCUGCCUGCCCUACGCGGACCACCGCCUGCCUGAUGGGGGACACGGCUGGGUCCUGGGGCUAGCCCGCCAAGGAGCAGGCACCAGCUCCCCUCAGACAGUGCCUGUGACCCUCCUGGGGCCCAGGGCCUGUAGCCGCCUGCACGCAGCCCUUGGGAGCGACAGAGCCCCCAUUCUGCCACGGAUGGUGUGCACCAGUGCUGUGGGUGAGCCGCCCGGCUGUGAGGGCCUGUCGGGGGCACCGCUGGUGCACCAAGUGAGGGGCACAUGGUUCCUGGCUGGGCUGCACAGCUUCGGAGAUGCCUGCGAAGGCCCGGCAAGGCCUGCCAUCUUUACAAUGCUCCCCACCUACGAGAACUGGGUCAACAGUUUGGAAUGGCAGGUCUACUUCGCUGAGAAGCCAGGGCCUGAGGCCGAGCCUGAAAGCUGCCCAGCUAACAACAGUAUGUGGCCCUGGGGCCUCCUGCCAACACUGCCUCCGCAGACACCUUCUCUCUCGACCUGA